GCCUAGCGCAGGGGCCGGAGGCUUUGGUGGUAGGGGCGGGUGAGUUGGGGCGGCUGGGCUGGGAUCCGAGCCGGGCGAAGAGUCCGCAGCCGUAAGGGUCAGGGCGCUUGGGCGUCCGGAUCGACGAGGGAUGGCGCUUUAAGGCCCCGGCGGCAACGGAUUCUCGGGAGGGGCCGCUGCGCGGGGAUGGGCCCGGGUGAGCCCCGCAACUGCAGGGCGACCUAGGGGCAGGUGGCCUUGUGCCCAGGCCAGCACCAUGCACACACUUGUGUUCCUCAGCACACGGCAGGUGCUCCAGUGCCAGCCGGCAGCCUGCCAGGCCCUGCCCCUGCUGCCCCGAGAGCUCUUCCCCCUGCUGUUCAAGGUGGCCUUCAUGGACAAGAAGACGGCCGUGCUUCGUGAGCUGGUGCACACAUGGCCCUUCCCGCUGCUCAGUUUCCAGCAGCUGCUGCAGGAGCGUGCCCAUUGCAGUCGGGCCUUGCAGGAGCGGCUCAGCACGGAAAGCAUGCAGGCCGUGAUCCUGGGCUUGACUGCCCGGCUUCACACGUCAGAAAGGGAGGCUGCCACACAACCCUUCUGCAGGAAGCAUGCAUUGCGGGUGCUAGACAUGACUGGUCUCCUGGAUGACGGCGUGGACCAGGACCCUGGAACCAUGAGUAUGUGGGAUUGCACAGCUGCUGUGGCCAGAACGUGUAUUGCCCAGCAGCAGGGUGGGCCUGCCGAGCCAGGGCUGUCACUGCCGGUCCCUGUGGAAGUUCGUGUAGACCUGCGGGUCAACCGGGCCUCCUACACAUUCCUUCGUGAGGCACUCCAGAGUAGCAUGGACAGCCCACUGCGGCUUUGCUGCCGGGACCUCCGGGCUGAGGAUCUGCCCAUGCACAACACUGUGGCCCUCCUGCAGCUUCUAGAUGCAGGCUGUCUGCGCCGGAUAGACCUGCGCUUCAAUAAUCUGGGACUGCGUGGCCUGUCUGUCAUCAUCCCACAUGUGGCCCGCUUUCAGCACCUAGCUAGCCUGAGGCUGCACUACGUGCAUGGGGACUCAAGGCAGCCUUCUGUGGAUGGCGAGGACAACUUCCGUUACUUUCUGGCCCAGAUGGGUCGCUUUAUCUGUCUGCGGGAGCUCAGCAUGGGCUCUUCUCUCCUUUCGGGCAGGCUGGACCAACUGCUCAGCGCCCUGCAGAGCCCCCUGGAAAGCCUAGAGCUGGCCUUCUGUGCACUGUUGCCCGAGGACCUACACUUCUUGGCUCAGAGCCGUCACGCUGCCCACCUCAAGAAGCUGGAUUUGAGUGGCAACGACUUGUCAGGCAGCCGGCUGAUGCCCUUGCAGGGUCUGCUGCAGGCAGCUGCAGCCACAUUGCUGCAUCUUGAGCUGACUGAGUGUCAACUGGCUGACGCCCAGCUGCUGGCCACACUGCCCACCCUAACUCGAUGUGCCAGCCUUCGCUACCUUGGUCUCUAUGGCAACCCUUUGUCUAUGGCAGGACUUAAAGAGCUGCUUCGGGACUCUGUGGUUCAGGCUGAGCUACGCACUGUGGUGCACCCCUUCCCUGUGGAUUGCUAUGAGGGCCUUCCUUGGCCGCCACCUGCCUCUGUCCUUCUGGAAGCCUCCAUCAAUGAGGAGAAGUUUGCCUGUGUAGAGGCUGAGUUGCACCAGCUGCUGUUAGCUGCAGGCCGCGCCCAUGUGCUCUGGACCACGGACAUCUAUGGGCGCCUGGCUGCAGACUAUUUCAGUCUCUGAUCUCCAAGGCAUUGAUGAGAGACACUCCAAGAGCCUUUGGGACUCUGCUGGAGGCCUGGCACAAAGGCUUUCUUAGGUUGUAUGCGAUUUGCCUUGCUCCUGGCCAUACCUCGACUCCCGGGUGUACCGUGACUCCUGGGUGUACUGUGACUCCCGGGUGUACCGUGACUCCGGGGUGUACCUCGAGUCCCGAUUGUACCUCAAGUCCCGGGUGUACCUCGACUCCCGGGUGUACCAUGACUCCCGGAUGUAUCUCGACUCCCGGGUGUACUGUGACUCUGGGGUGUACCUCGACUCCCGGGUGUACCAUGACUCCCGGAUAUACCUCGACUCCCGGGUGUACUGUGACUCUGGGGUGUACCUCGACUCCCGGGUGUACCUCGAGUCACCUACUUUCUGCAGUACCCUCGCCUGCUCCCAGUAUCUGACUGUUGGUGUCUCAGGACUCCCCCUGCUCUGUACGGCCGCCGUUGGUUGCUCUUCUGGGUCGCAGCCUCUGCAGCAGUCCCUGGCACACUCCAUGCCCUUAGAAGGAGUGCAGUGCACUGGGGUCGAUGCUAUGAUCUGCUUCGGGGAGUCCCCCACGCGGCCUGGGGCCCUCGGCUGUGCAUCUUGACCUGUCUCUGUAGGGUGUGAGCAAGGUACGAAUGUGCAGUGUCCGGAACUUGAA